CGCGCGUGGGCGGGGCGAAGGGGGGGUGGGACACGGCGAGCGGCAGGGCCACCCUAUGGAGACCCCGAUCCUGGCGGCGGCAGCACCCCGGGGUGCCCUCGACGAGGAGGAGGAAGAGCCCAGAGGGGAGGAGGAAGAGGAGGAGAAGGAGGUGAAAGAGAAGAUGAAGGAGGGGAAGGAGCAGGACGUGAAGGAGGAGGAGAGGGCGGCAGCACCCUGGGGUGCCCCCGGUGAGGAGGAGGAGGAGGGAGAGUCGAAAGGGGAAGGAGAGGAGGAGAAGGAGAUGGAGGUGAAGGAGAAGCUGGAGGUGAAGGAGAAGCUGGAGGUAAUGGAGAUCCUGGAGGCAGAGGAGCUAGAGGUGAAGGAGAACCUGGAAGUGGAGAACCUGGAGAUGAAGAACCUGGAGGUGAUGGAGAACCUGGAGGUGAUGGAGAAGCUGGAGGUGAUGGAGAAGGUGGAGGUGAAGGAGAACCUGGAGGUGAAGGAGAACCUGGAGGUUAAGGAGGACCUGGAAGUGAUGGAGAACCUGGAGGUGAAGGAAAACCUGGAGGUGAAGGAGAAUCUGGAGGUGAAGGAGAACCUGGAGGUGAAGGAGAACCUGGAGGUGAAGGAGAACCUGGAGGUGAUGGAGGACCUGGAGGUGAAGGAGAACCUGGAGGUGAAGGAGAACCUGGAGGUGAUGGAGAAGCUGGAGGUGAUGGAGAAGCUGAAGGAGAUGGAGAGGCUGGAGGUGGAGAAGCUGGAGGUGAAGGAGAACCUGGAAGUGAUGGAGAACCUGGAGGUGAUGGAGAAGCUGGAGGUGAUGGAGAACCUGGAGGUGGAGGAGCUGGAGGAGGAGGAGGAUGAGGACGAGGAUGAGGAGGAGGAUGACGACGACGAGGAGGACGAGGAGGAGGAUGACGAGGAGGAGGAGGAGCUGCCCUGGCGGGUGCCCUGGGAGGCCGAAGGGCGGGGCCUGGAGCUGCUGGCGGCGCUGGCGGCGCCGGUGGUGGCGGUGACCGAGACGGGGCGGCUGCUGGCCCAGCUGGCCCGCGCCCUGCCCCUGCCCGGCCUCGGCCACCUCAAGCGGGUGCGGGCGGGGCCCCGGGGCCUCGCCGUCCUCCUGGGCCUCGAGGGCGGCUGCCUCCGCGCCCUGGCGGCCCGCGGGGACCUCGCCGAUGACGACGGGGACCUUGGUGACGACGGGGACCUCGCCGGCGACGACGGGGACCUCGGGGACGAUGGGGACCUCCUCGGUGACAGGGACCUCGGUGACGGAGCUGCCGGCCAGGGCGGAGGUGGCGGGGACGCCGGUGGGGUUGAGGACGUUGGGGCUCUUGGGGACAGCAGGGGCCUUGAGGACACUGGGGCUCUUGGGGACAGCAGGGGUCUUGGGGACACUGGGGGCCUUGAGGACAUCAGGGCUCCUGGGGACACCAAGGCUCUUGGGGACACCAGUGGCCUUGGGGACACCAAUGGGCUUGGGGACACCAGGGGCCUUGAGGACACUGGGGCUCUUGGGGACACCAAAGCUCUUGGGAACACCAGGGUUCCUGGGGACACCAAGGUGCCUGGGGACACCAGGGGUCUUGGGGACACUGGGGCUCUUGGGGACACCAAGGUGCUUGGGGACAUCAGGGCUCCUGGGGACACCAGGGGUCUUGGGGACACCAGGGGUCUUGGGGACACUGGGGCUCUUGGGGACAGCAGAGCCACCAGGGAUGAUGGAGAUGUGGAAGACGCCAUGGACAUUGGAGGGUUGUGGGGUGACAGAGGUGUUGGGGACGCUGGGAGCUGGGACACCAGGGCUCCUGGGGGCACCAGGGGCCUUGGGGACACCAGAGCCACCAGGGAUGAUGGAGAUGUGGAAGACGCCAUGGACGUUGGAGGGCUGUGGGGUGAUGGAGGUGUUGGGGACACCGGGGCUCUUGGGGACAGCAGAGCCACCAGGUGUGAUGGAGGUGUUGGGGACACUGGAGCUCUUGGGGACACUGAAGCUCCCAUGGACAUUGGAGGGCUGUGGGAGGAUGGAGGUGUUGGGGACAUCAUGGCCCUUGGGGCCACCAGAGUUUCUGGGGCCAUCAUGGCCCUUGGGGCCACCAAAGGCCCUGGGGCCACCAGGACUGUUGGAAACACCAUGGCCCUUGAGGCCACCAUGACUGCUGGGGCCACCAGGACUGUUGGGGCCAUCACAACCAUUGGGGCCACCAGACCUUGUGAGGCCACCAUGACCGUUGGGGCCACCAUGACCGUUGGAGCCACCACAACCCUUGAGGCUGCCCCAAACACCAGAACUGCUGAGGCCACCACAGCCGUUGGGUCCACCAUGACUGUUGGGUGCACCACGACUGUUGGGUCCACCACGACCCCUGGAUCCACCACAAUCCUUGGAUCCACCAUGAUCAUUGGAGCCACCGCGACCCCUGGAUCCACCACCACCCCCAGAGCCACCACAACGCUUGGAUCCACCAUGACCAUUGGAGCUACUAUGACCCUUGAGGCCACCCCAACCCCCAGAACUUCUGAGGCCACCACGACCCCUGGAGCCACCACGACCCCUGGAGCCACCACGACCCCUGGAGCCACCACAACCGUUGGAUCCACCGUGACCCUCGAGGCCACCUCAACCCCUAGAACUUCUGAGACCACCAUGACCCUUGGAGCCACCAUGAUCUCUGGAGCCACCAUGACCCCUGGAGCCACCAUGACCCCUGGAGCCACCACCAUGACCGUUGGAGCCACCACAACCCCCAGAACUUCUGAGGCCACCACGACCCGUGGAUCCACCAUGACCUGUGGAGCCACCUCAACCCUUGGAGCCACCACGACCCCUGAAGCCACCGUGAUCUCUGGAGCCACCACGAGUCCAGAAGCCACCACGACCGUUGGGUCCACCACAACCUCUGGAGCCACCACAACCCUCGAGGCCACCACAACCGCCAGAACUUCGGAGGCCACCGCGACCCUUGGAGCCACCAUGAUCUCUGGAGCCACCAUGAUCUCUGGAGCCACCAUGAUCUCUGGAGCCACCACAACUCCUGAAGCCACCACAACCCUUGAGGCCACCACGACCCCUGAAGCCACCGUGAUCUCUGGAGCCACCACGAGUCCAGAAGCCACCACGACCGUUGGGUCCACCACAACCUCUGGAGCCACCACAACCCUCGAGGCCACCACAACCCCCAGAACUUCGGAGGCCACCGCGACCCUUGGAGCCACCAUGAUCUCGGGAGCCACCACGACUGUUGGAGCCACCACAACCCUCGAGGCCACCACGACCCCCAGAACUUCGGAGGCCACCACGACCCCUGGAGCCACCACGACCGUUGGGUCCCCCCCGACCCCCGGGUCCCCCCCCAUGUCCCCCGGCGCCCCGGGGGGGCCGCUGGCCGCCCUCCGCGCCCUCCUGGCCUCGCUGGGGGUGGACGCCCGGGGCCUGGGCGCCCCGUUCCGGGUGCGGGUGCCGGCGCGGGCCCCGACGCCGGGGGCCCAGGCGGCUGCCGCCGGGCGCCACUGGCCGGCUCUGCCCCGCGCCGGUGUCCCCGCGUCCCCGACGCUGUCACCGGCGGAGGCGGCGGCCGCCCGGCGCGCCAUGGCGGCGGCGGUGGCGGCGGGGCGGCGGGGCCGGCGGAGGGGACACGUGGCGGCGGGGGCCGCCGCCGUGGAGCCGGCCACGGGCAGGGUGGUGGCGGCGGCCCACGACGGGCGCCGGGGGGGGCACCCGCUGCGGCACGCCGCCCUGGCGUGCCUGGAGGCGGUGGCGCGGGCCCAGCGCCGCGGUGACGUCAGCGGUGACGUCAGCGGUGACGUCACCGUGACGGCGUCGUACCUGUGCCGGGGGCUGGACGUGUACCUGACGCGGGAGCCGUGCGCCCUGUGCGCCAUGGCGCUGCUGCACGCCCGGGCGCGCCGGGUGCUCUUCGGCCUCGCCGCCCCGCAGGGCGCCCUGGCCAGCGGCCUGGGCCUCCACGGCCGCGCCGCCCUCAACCACCGGUACCAGGCCUACGGCGCCGUGGCCCCCCGCGCCUGCCGCCGCCUCGCCCGGCCCCCCCGGCCCCCCCGGCUACCGGCGGCUGAGCGCGGGGCCACUCGGCGCACAGGUGAGUGCAGUGAACCAAGCUGCGGCUGAGGACGGGGCAGCUCGGUGCACGUGUGACACUGAUGGACUGAGGUGCGGCUGAGGACGGAGCCGCUCGGUGCACGAGUGACACCGAGGAACUGACCUGCAGCUGAGCAUGGGGCAGCUCGGCGCACGAGUGACACCAAUAAAGCGAGCUGCAGCUGAGCACGGGGCAGCUCGGUGCACGUGUGGAUGCAAUAAAGCAAGCUGCAGCUGAGGCCGGAGCCGCUCGGCGCACGGGUGACACUGAGGAACCGAUGUGGGGCUGAGGACGGGGCAGCUCGGUGCACGAGUGACACUGAUGGACUGAGGUGCGGCUGAGGACGGAGCAGCUCGGUGCACGAGUGACACCGAGGAACUGACCUGCAGCUGAGCACGGGGCCGCUCGGCGCACAGGUGAGUGCAGUGAACCAAGCUGCGGCUGAGGACGGGGCAGCUCGGUGCACGUGUGACACUGAUGGACUGAGGUGCGGCUGAGGACGGAGCCGCUCGGCGCACAAGUGACACUGAUGGACUGAGCUGCAGCUGAGCACGGGGCAGCUCGGCGCACAGGUGAGUGCAGUGAACCAAGCUGCGGCUGAGGACGGGGCAGCUCGGCGCACGAGUGACACUGAUGGACUGAGGUGCGGCUGAGGAUGGAGCCGCUCGGUGCACGAGUGACACCAAGGAACUGACCUGCAGCUGAGCAUGGGGCAGCUCGGCGCACGAGUGACACCAAUAAAGUGAGCUGCAGCUGAGGACGGAGCCGCUCGGUGCACGUGUGGAUGCAGUAAAGCAAGCUGCAGCUGAGGACGGGGCAGCUCGGUGCAUAUGUAGGUGCAAGAAACCAGCCUGCAGCUGAGGCCGGAGCCGCUCGGCGCAUGGGUGACACUGAGGAACUGAUGGGCUGAGGACGAGGCAGCUCGGUGCACGAGUGACACCAAGGAGCUGACCUGCAGCUGAGCACGGGGCCGCUCGGCGCACAGGUGAGUGCAGUGAACCAAGCUGCGGCUGAGGACGGAGCAGCUCGGCGCACGGGUGACACCAAUAAAGUGAGCUGCAGCUGAGAACGGGGCCACUCAGUGCACAGGUGACACCAAGGAAGUGACCUGCAUCUGAGAACAGGGCAGCUGGGCGCACAAGUGACACCAAUGAAUCGAGCUCCAGCUGAGCACGGGGCUGCUCGGCGCACAGGUGACACCAAUAAAGCGACCUGCAGCUGAGAA